CUUCAGCUACUUUGCUUGCAGGAAAAUAUAUGCAUACAUCAUUCAAAUCCACGUCUGUACAGUCCCCGGAUAGAGACUCCUACCUGGUAAGGGGAGGGAGGAGUGUAGGGCAGCAACCAGGUAAAAACGACUGUAUUGUCACCUGAACAAAGCAAAGGGGAACACAACGUUGCUGCUGGAAGUCAGUCAUUUUUACUUUAUUAACCACACUUUUAAUGAUGUCUCUGACGCAGGAAUCUAUCCUGUCUUUCUUGAUAGCAGAGGGGGGCAAGGCGACGAAGUCCGACCUGGUUAAUAAGUUCAAAGGUUCCGUAGACUGCGUCGAUCCCGCGGAGAAAGAACGGAACAGAGAGCUGUUUAAGACUUUUGUCAACAGUGUGGCCGUCGUCAGAGAAAUCGAUGGUGUCCGGUAUGUUGUCCUGAAGAAGGCUUAUCAACAUCUAUUUGGAGGGUCUGAGAGCCACGUAGACAAAAGUGAAAAUGAAGGAAUCCCACUGACAGGUGAGCAGCGCCCACUUGAGCAGGACAAGACAGAAAGCUCCAUAGAUAAAGGAGGGAAAGGGCCGGGAGGGUCGGCUGUUUCUGAAGCUGAGGAAAAUAAAAUCACUGAAGAUCCUGCAGAAUUAAUUUCUCCAAUAAUGCAGACAUUGCGUAGGAGCAAGUAUGCAGGUGUUCGAGUUAAAAGGAUGGUGAACUUUGACAUAAAUAAAGAAGACCCACAUAAAGAUAAGUGCCCUAUCAGAGGAGAACGAGUGUUAUCAAAUGAGGCAGACACCUUGCAGAGAAAACCAUAUGCCUUGCCUCUGAGAAUGCCACCCAGCUCCACCAGGGUCGAGUUCCACAAACUGAAAGAAGACCCGGAUCAACCUCCUCAAAGUCCAAAACUAGACUCCUUCAGGAACAAGAGAAGACUGCCAUCAAUGGAGGCACCUGCCAGCUGUGGCUCACCUCAGCUGAGGAGAGCAGUGAGGAGCACCAAGGUGUCAGAGGAGCCCAGAGAUUCAAGGAUUCCCUCCUUGGUUCCCCUGGAGCAGGCAGAGCAUCAGUGGUUGGUCAAGUGUGCGGCCGGCCACUGGAGCCAGGUUUACGGCCUGCUGCUCAGAGACAACCUGCUGGCUGACAAAAAGGACUUCAUUUCAGGGUUCACUGCUUUGCACUGGGCAGCUAAGCGUGGAAACACUGAAAUGCUGGUGAAGAUUAUUGACAUAUCCAAGCAAGGAGGAACUAAUGCUGACAUUAAUGUAAAAGCACAUGGAGGAUACACUCCUUUACACAUUGCUGCAUUGCAUAACCAGGAGUACAUCAUGACCAUGCUGGUGGGGGAGUAUGGGGCCGAUGUAAACGUAAGGGACAACUGUGGAAAGAAGGCCUACCACUAUCUGCACAAAGGCAUAUCUAAGUCUGUAAGAGAGAUGCUGGGAGAACACAAACCCCAACAACCUCAGGAAAGGGUCCUUCAUGAGAGAGAAGAGAUGGACUCGUUAUCAGAUCAUUCUAAAGGCUUCCAUUCAAUAAGCCGGCUUUUCCAGCCAACCUUGAUCGGCCACAAGAAGAAGCACAAGCAGAGGCCAGAACUGUACUCGCUGUACGAUAACCCUGUUGAUGAACAAGAAGAUGGCGGCUUCAGACAUAGGCUUGCAUCAGAUGUUUUUAUGUGAUGGUAAAACUAUACUGACUUAUAUUUAUUAGAGAAUAUUGAAAAUUUAACAAGCAUCCCUUUUAUUUUUGCUAUCAAAUCUUUCCUUUCUGCUUCAUUCAUGCUUUACAGAGCAGAUGACAAAGAAAUUAGCUCCUUGUUAUUUUAUCGUGUAAAAGAAUAAUCAAGCAGCAAAUGGAAGCUAAAUCAUGCUUAGGAUUUGCAGUCCUUCAGAAGUUUGUUUAGGUCAUCAUUUUAUUUUAAAUUGACUUUACAGCGCAUUGAUGGUAAAUUAAUGUAACUUUCUGAUUUUUUCAUCCUUUUAAAGAACAUUUUUCUCACAUUUUUAAGUUUAAUUUAAGACCGAAACCUCAAAAAGUUUAUGUAAGAUAUGAAAGCAAAUAAGUCACAGAUUAACUGAGAUCAAGACUCAACUUGUUAUCGUCUGUGUUCUCACUGCUGAGUAAGAGAUGAGCACAGGGAAAGGAUUUCCAGAGGCAAAACUCCACUAAACGAGCAAAGAUAUGACUUGGGUGUGAAUUCAAUCCGUUGUGACAACAAAUGAUUAAUUAAAGAAUUUGCUGAUUCACAGUGUCUUCAUUGCUUCACAGAUUAAUCAUAACAGAAUAAUGAUCAAAUAAGGUGAAGCUUGAAGAAAAAUUAACUAAUUAAUCCU